AUGUCUUUUUCAUGGCUGACUUGUUCACUUCUUCUGGGAACUUUGUGCGCAGGGUACAGUCUGGGCGAGGCAGAGACCCGGGAGUGUGUCUACUACAAUGACAACUGGCGCACAGAGAAGACCAACCAAAGUGGUUUUGAGCGCUGCGAGGCUGAUAAGGACAAGCGGCAGCACUGUUAUGCCUCCUGGCUAAACUCCUCAGGGACCAUCAAGUUGGUAAAAAAAGGCUGUUGGCUGGACGACUUCAACUGCUACGACAGGCAAGAGUGUGUGUCUAUGGAGGAAAACCCUCAGGUCUUCUUCUGCUGCUGUGAGGGCAACUACUGCAAUGAGCGAUUUACUCACCUUCCAGACAUCAUUGAUGGCGGCAACCGAGUAAAAAUCCGUCCUCCUCCCCGAGUGCCCUCUCUGCUCAACGUGCUGGUGUACUCCCUGCUGCCUCUGUGUGUCCUGUCCCUGGCCCUGGUUCUGGCCUUGUGGAUGUACCGCCACCGCAAACCUCCGUAUGGUCAUGUGGAUCUCAGUGAGGAUCCUGGCCCCACACCUCCAUCGCCCUUGGUUGGCCUGAAACCUCUGCAGCUGCUAGAAAUUAAAGCUAGGGGGCGCUUUGGUUGUGUUUGGAAGGCCCAGUUGAUGAGUGAAUAUGUGGCGGUGAAGAUCUUCCCUGUUCAGGAUAAGGACUCGUGGCAGAACGAGCGAGACAUUUUCAUGACCCCGGGAAUGCGUCACGAAAACCUACUGCGUUACAUUGCGGCAGAAAAGCACGGAAGCAACCUGGAGACGGAGCUGUGGCUCAUCACAGAGUUCCACGAGCGGGGCUCGCUGACGGAUCACCUGAAGGGCAACACUGUGACCUGGAACGAACUGUGCCACAUAGCAGAGAGCAUGUCCCGCGGCCUGGCCUACCUCCACGAGGACGUUCCCAGCUACAAGGGGGAAGGGCCUAAACCCACGAUUGCUCACAGGGACUUCAAGAGCAAGAAUGUGAUGCUUUGCAAUGAUUUGACUGCGAUCAUCGGAGACUUUGGGCUGGCCGUGCGAUUUGAACCAGGCAAACCUCCUGGAGACACUCACGGCCAGGUGGGUACGAGGCGUUACAUGGCUCCAGAGGUGUUGGAGGGGGCAAUCAACUUUCAGCGAGACUCCUUCUUGAGAAUAGACAUGUACGCCAUGGGUCUGGUGCUUUGGGAGCUGCUGUCACGUUGCACAGAGGUUGAUGGUACAGUUGGUGAGUACAUGCUGCCGUUUGAGGAGGAAAUUGGCCAACAUCCCUCCCUGGAGGACCUGCAGGAUGUGGUUGUGCACAAAAAGAUGCGUCCAGUCCUCAAAGAGUGCUGGCUCAAACAUCCUGGUUUGAACCAAAUGUGUGAAACCAUUGAGGAAUGCUGGGACCACGAUGCGGAGGCACGGUUGUCUGCCGGCUGCGUUGAGGAGCGCAUCAGCCAAAUUGCCAGGAUUAUAAGCAGCACUACCUCAGACGGCCCCGUCUGCAUCGUGACGUCUCUCACCAACGAGGACCUACCUCCUAAAGACUCCAGCACCUAAUGGGGUGACGCCACCUUUCACUAUUCAAGGACGAACUCAGCGGAUCUCCGUGAAUAUUUAAAAGAAAAACUCUAAACAGAAACAACAGCGACUUGAAUGCAGCUGCUAUUUUAUCCCAAUACUGGUAUUUUGUUUUUCUCUCUUCUUUUUGUCUCAAAUGUUUCAGUGUUUUAAAGUCCAAUCCUACUAACACACAUCCAUCUGCUGUAGUUUUGAAGUAGUAAUAAGCUAUGCGAUGGGCACAUCCAAUAACAUCCAUGUGUCAAAUCUUAAAUGUCAUCAUUACCUCAUGUAUUGCUUUUGUGUUAGACUUCUUUUAUUACCUCAUGAGUUCUUGCUUAUUUUAUUUUAUUAUUUUUUUCCUCUCUUAGUCGUGAUUGGCUGUGGCCAAAUUUAAUGAACUUUUUUCUCCAAACCUUGGACAACGUGCUGCACACCUCGGAGGAACCCUUUUGAGACUGUUAGACAAAUAUAUCGCUCUUCCUCAGGGGUCCACGCUUCUCGAUGUAUAAACAUAGGAGUGCUCUCUCUCACUCUGUACAUGCUAACGCCGCAGAUUGACAAGCAAGAACAAAAGAGCGGGAGCACAGUUUGUUUCACUUUCGUGGAGAGGAGAGGAAAAACACUCAGGUCCAAUAUGAGUUGGACGCCUACAUUGGACAUGUUGGACUUUUUGGGACAGCAUUCUCGUCCCCGGGGAACUACCUCUCAGGUAUCCAGGAGAUUUCUUUGGAUCAUGUUCUCAAAUUGAAGAACCAAGCUAUCCAGCUAGCAACCAUGGAUGUAUUCCUGGAUUCAUUUGUUUUUAAUUGAAGAAAUUCAGAGUUGCUCCUUUGCCAGUGCCAUGGGCAUUGAUGGAUGCUGUCUGGAGUUGCAAUGUUACACUUUUUUUUCUCUAAUUUUAUCUGUGUGUGUGUGUGUGUGUGUGAAUGGAGAGAAAAAACUGAAUGAAAUUAAGAAUAUAUUUUUUUUAAGUAUCAGUUGGGAUUUAUCCCAGUGAGGGCCAUACCAUGUGUAAGAAAACAUGUAUGUUUUUAACAUUCAUGGGUGUUUGUUCACUACAGACUCUGGUUGGACACCAGUCUCCAGAUACCUCAGUCACUGUACGUCAUGCAAGGAGAGCUCAGAUGGUUGCCUUUGUCUACAAAUGCAAUGCCAUAGUUGUACCAUAACAUGAGAAAAAACACCAUACGUUGAAUGUCCGUUAUGCUGCUGUGACUAUUCCAGGAUACUCAAGGAUAUGUAGAUGUACAUGUAUCUUUGUUAAUAUAACGCUAACAUGUGAUAACUAUCCAUGGUGAUACGUGAGGCUAUAAUCUUGUUUUGUUUUUUUCUUUGUUUGUUUUAUUUGUUUUCUAUCCGAGUAAGCCCUCACCUGCUUACUCCUCCAGACUGACCUCAGAUAUUCUGACAAGUACCUCAGGCUUUUUUCUACAUGUAUAUCAAGUUGUGUUUUUAUUGUGUUUUAGUAGUCGAGAUAUUUUAUUGCCAGUUUUGGCCUCUUUGUCUGUGGAGAUACUUUUAAAAUAGAACCUGACCAGUCGGGCGCAGUGUUAAUGCUGUACAAACCUAAAAGAAGAGAGGCAGAUAUUUGUAUAUAGAGCUGCACACACAGUUGCAGGAACACUGAGCAGUUUUAAUAUGAAAAGAAAAAAGAUCAUCAGGGCAUUACAGUUCUCAGAAAUGGAAAGGGAUUUUUUUUAUGUUUUACUUCUACACAUCGGGACAAGAAAAAAAAAAAGCCCUGUGGUUCCUAAAUCUAUUUUCAGGAAUGGUUGCAUAAUGAAUUUCUAUGAAUAAUAGUGUCACUUCCUCUGGAGCGUAGCACUUGCGUCUGAAUGCAUCCUAAUGACAGCAGCAACAGAGCAAGCUACAAAAACGAAUCUCUAAUGGUUCUAGGUGCAUGACUUCUGCCACUGACCACUGGGGGGUCAGUUUGAACAGUAUUACCUCAAUAUUAACCUGCUGAUGUGAUGGUCAGACUCGUUCACUGUUUAGCCACUGUGGACAACACAUGGGCUAAACUGUUGUGCUUUGAUUGGUGCUGUGGAAAGCUGGUAUUGAUUUUAUUUUGUUUUUGGAUAGUCGGCUGUAACGCUUGCUCCUGUGCAGUUUUAGUAAAGGAUAUAUAGAAUAAAGACAUCCCAGAAAAUUACAGAAAAAUGUUUUAUGUUUUGAAACUAAUCGCAAACCACAUGACGGACUGAUUGUUUUUAUAUGCAUCCCCAUUAAGAUGAUGUGGUGUGGUCCAAGGGUCCAGCAAUAUUUAUUAUACAGCAAUAUUAUUCUAAUACCACAGUUGUCAUUACAUACAUGUGUGACGUGGGCUGUUUUUAUCCUGCAGAUCAGUGGAAAAUGUCAUACCUGGUUCAGGUUCCAAUUCCUGAUGUAGGGCACAUCUGUAGGUGUCCUCACUUUUUCUUUCUUUUUUUUCUGCAAACUGAACAUGACCCAGGUGCUCGUAUGUAAUGUGCCAGAAAAAAGCGUGUUCAUAUUGGAAAAAAAUCUGCUGUGAUUGAUGGCAAAGUCCACAUGUUGUCUUACGCUCAGCUCCUCUGAACAGAAAACAAAAUACUUACCUCAUGCAGUACCUUAUAACACUAGCAGUAACACUAACAGUCAGUCUCGUCUUCAAAAAGAAAAAAAAAGAGAAGCGUAUCAGUUAUUGUGUAAAUAUUUACUUGACAAAUGUAAAGGGUACCUUCCUUUUCAUGUGUGUAUUCUGUGAACACAAAGCCUUUUUUAUUUACUACAUAUUAAUUUCUCUGAGUGUGAAUGAAUGGUGGACUGGAUUUUGUGACUUUCCCUGUUUAUGUGAAAUGUGUGUGAGUGGAUGAUAUGAUGGUUAGUUUUACUAAAACAGUAUGAAAGGAAGUUGUGAGUGGAAAUGCCUAGAAAUAUAAACUAGAUGAGAAUACAUCCCAUCUUUUGUAUAAUAAAAUACAUACUGAAUAAUCUUGAAAA